AUGGGAGCUUUUUGUUCCUUAUGUGGUAAUGAUAAAAACCAAGAAGAAUUAAUUCCAUUAAAACCGGGUCAAAAGGCAGAACAUAAGCUUGUUUUUGAUAGACAACAUUCAAAAAACUUAAAAGAUAAAAAUAAAGCAGCAGAAUCACAAUUUCUCGAUAAAUCAGUUAAAGAAAUUAUGGAUAAACUUAGUUCUGAUGAUGAUAAUGCAUCAGAUCCGCUUGAUCCAGAAGAUGCAAAAGAAUACGAGGCAAUUUUAAAGGCAAUAGAAAACCAGCUAUCAGACUAA